AAACCUGAGCCACAAUAAACUGACCGAGAUUGAUCCUUCUGCCUUCACAAAGCUGCCAAAACUACGGGAAGUGCGACUGAAUAACAAUGAACUGACAGCCAUUCCAUCCCUGGGAGCAGCUUCAGCCCACAUAACUUCCUUGUUCCUGAAUCGCAACCGAAUCCACGGCAUCGAAGCCAGCCAGCUGGAGCCUUAUGUUUCCCUGGAAACGUUAGACCUCAGCUCAAAUAACAUCACAGAAAUCCGAAGUGGCUGUUUCCCGGUGGGGCUUCCCAUAAAGGAUCUCUACCUGGGGAACAACAAGAUCAGCGUCCUAGACACCAAGGCUUUUAACAGCUUGUCACGAUCCCUGCUGACACUUCGCCUGAAUAAAAACAGAAUUGUCCAACUUCCCGUCAAAGCAUUCAAACUGCCCCAUCUAACACAACUAGAGUUAAAUCGGAAUCGUAUUCGUUUGAUAGAAGGGUUGACAUUUCAUGGACUGGACAGUUUAGAAGUUUUGAAGCUGCAGCGCAACAAUAUAAGCAAGUUAACGGAUGGAGCUUUCUGGGGACUGGCCAAAAUGGAGGUUCUGCACCUGGAGCACAAUGUCCUCACAGAAGUGAACGGUGGUUCCCUGUAUGGUCUGGUGUCCCUUCAACAAUUUCAUCUGAGUAACAACCUGAUAUCCAGUAUCAAUCCCGCUGGAUGGAACUUCUGCCAAAAGCUGAACGAACUGUCCUUGUCAUUUAACAACUUAACCAGACUGGAUAAAGGAAGUUUAGCAGAUCUGGGAAGCCUGGAGAUCCUUCACCUGAGUCACAACUCUGUCAGUCACAUUGCCGAAGGAGUGUUUAAGGGACUCAAAAGCUUACGUGUCCUGAAUCUGGAUCAUAACGAGAUUUCAGGGACAAUAGAAGACACCAGUGGAGCAUUUACAGGCCUGGAAAACCUAAGCAUGCUGACUCUGUUUGGAAACAAGAUCAAGUCUGUGGCCAAGGAGGCGUUCUCCGGCUUGGAGGCCCUGGAACACCUGAACCUUGGGAAUAAUACCAUACGGUCUAUUCAAGAGGAUGCCUUUGCAAAGCUGAAAAGCCUGAAAGAACUACGCAUCAACAGCGAGAGCUUCCUCUGUGAUUGUCAGCUCAAGUGGUUGCCACUCUGGUUAACCAAGAAAAAACAACAGCUGUUUGUGGAAGCCACCUGUGCCCACCCAGAAUCAUUAAAGGGCAAAAAUAUUCUUGAAGUGGUCCCAGAAAGUUUUGUAUGUGACGAUUUUCCCAAACCCAAAAUUAUCGUUGAACCAGAAACUACUAUCGCUGUUCUUGGCAAAGACAUUCGUCUCACCUGCUCCGCAGCCAGUAGCAGCAGCUCUCCGAUGACCUUUGCUUGGAAGAAAGACAACGAGAUUCUUCACCAUGCCGAGAUGGAGAACUUUGCACACGUCCGAGCCAGGGAUGGCGUGGUGAUAGAGUACACAACCAUUCUGCACUUGCGCCGUGUCACUUUUUCUCACGAGGGACGCUAUCAGUGCAUCAUUACCAAUCAUUUUGGCUCUACCUAUUCUCAGAAAUCUCAGCUUACCGUUAAUGUGUUGCCAUCUUUCCUCAAAACCCCCUAUGACAUUGCAGCCCGUACUGGAACAACUGCUCGGUUGGAAUGUGCUGCUCGUGGGCAUCCCCUUCCGCAGAUUGCUUGGCAGAAGGACGGAGGGACAGACUUCCCCGCAGCUCGGGAACGCCGCAUGCACGUCAUGCCCGACGACGAUGUCUUUUUCAUUACUGACGUGAAGAUAGACGACAUGGGUGUUUACAGCUGCACCGCUCAGAACUCUGCAGGUUCCGUGUCAGCCAAUGCCACCCUGACCGUGCUGGAGACUCCAAGUUUGGUUCAACCAUUGGAAGACCGUGUUGUGUCUGUUGGUGAAACUGUGGUUCUGCAGUGCAAAGCAACUGGAAGUCCACCUCCACGCAUUAACUGGCUGAAGGGUGACCAUUCUCUGACUGUUACCGAAAGGCAUCACUUUACACCAGGCAAUCAGCUGCUUAUUGUCCGGAAUGUUGUGUUAGAAGAUGCUGGAAAGUAUACAUGUGAAAUCUCAAAUACAGUCGGAACAGAACGGGCACACAGCCAAGUUAGUGUAUUGCCUUCACUUGGCUGCCGGAAAGAUGGAACCACUUUUGGAAUCAUGACCAUUGCUGUAGUCUGUAGCAUCGUCUUAACAUCUCUGGUUUGGGUGUGUAUCAUCUAUCAGACCCGAAAGAAGAGUGAAGAAUACAGUGUCACAAACACAGAUGAGACCAUUGUACCCCCUGAUGUGCCAAGCUAUCUUUCCUCCCAGGGGACACUUUCAGAUCGACAAGAAAUAGUUGGGAGAGUGGAAAAUGGCCAACAGCCCAAUGGCCAAAUCCAGAGCAACGGUGUUUGCCAGCUCAUUAGAGGAAGGGAUGCAGAGGGUGAUGCUCACUCUGUCAUUUACCGACAGCCAAAGAUAUGCUUAGGCUAUGAUAAAGAGUCAUGGAGAGGAGAGGACAUUCCCGAUAGGAUGCUUCUUACAGACAAUACAGCCUAUAGCUUGCCUGCCGCUUAUACUGACUAUGAGGGAAGUGUGGAUACCAAGAACAUUUAUCCCAAGGAUCCAGAUUACUAUUCUCUGGCUGCAGAGGCCAGGACUCCGAAUACUUCCAGUAGCAAGGAGCCUGACAAGCAUGAUGGUGCACUUACUGCUAACUGUCCUAGCCCUCUAAAAUGCAGCACGAGUACGGACAAUAGAAAACCAGAUAUCAGUGGCACUAUUUACCCUAGCAAUCAUGACAGGAUGUCAGCGGCUUGCCCAAGCAAGUCACCUCUAGAGGACAGCAAAGGUCCUUCACAGCUCUUGGCCGACUGUGAGCCUUAUAACUGUUUAUUGCCUGGUGAAGGCUCUCUGCUACACCGAAAAGAAAGUGCUGAACUAUCUGAGGCAUUACCUGGGGGAGACGUGCAGCCACGGCUUGUCUCCAAUGGGCAUUUAACAAGGUCACUCACCUCUCUCCCGGAGUCCAGCCACUGAAAGGCUGACAAGGGACCCGGGAAGCUUGUGAGCGUGCUCCCUCUAUCUCUCCCACUUAUUUGCACAGAAUUAUCUAGGCUACUUCUACCUCAAAGUCUGACUGGACAGCUUUGCAAAUUAAAGGAAAAGUGACAACUCCGUGAGGUAUAAGAAGCAAGCUUGAGUAAGGGAACAGAGCACUGUUUCUGCGUUGCCCGCUUGUAAAUAGUUGUUAAAACUUCCCUGAGAAGGAUCAGUGGCUC